CAAUACAAUUCGGCAGGAUCCAACUUUUACCCAAACACUCCCAUUUGGCAAGGCAGCGGGAGCGUGCCUUCUCUUGCUACCCAGCGUGGGGCUGGUGGGUUGCAGGGAGCAUGUGAUCACCGGAGUGACUGAGCUUGCAUUGCCAUGGUGUGGCAGCCGCGGGGAGAGCAAUGGAGGCUGCUUAAGAGGGAGGCUGGGCAGCUGCUGCUGUUGCAUCCAUCGCCAAAGGAAACCACUGCGCACUCCAUCGCUGCUCACCAAACGGCGGAGGGAAAGAGUUGGGAAGAACAUCACUGGCAAUGCACCUUGCUUUCUGAUAUCUGUUAUUAAAGAAAGCUCCCAGUUCCAGAAGAGACUCUAAUAGGAGUAUAUAACAACAAUACUUAGCUUAAGAAAGUAACAUUUGACAAAACCAUGGCUACAGAUGAAAGGGACAAUAAACAGAAUGUUCAAGCUGAGGUACUGGGUACUGAUGCUUCAGAGAAGAUCAAGUCUGGAGGUUUUCUGACUACAUCUGAAUUUGUAGGGAUGAUCAAUUUGUUUAAGAAACCUUACAAGAAAAGGGCAGGCAAAUUCCAGCCUUUCAAGAAGUUUUUUGGUAAAAGGAAAAAGAGAGAGACAACAUCAGACUGUGUGGAAGCCAAAUUGAAACCCAGCCACUCUUUUGGGAAUGUAUGCAAUGGCACCCUCUCUUCAGAUGAAGAAACAAACAAUGGUUUGAGGUCCUCCGACUAUACUAUGGGCACUCGAGCCUUUUCCCAUGACAGUAUUUUUAUACCUGAUGGGCAAGCAGAGAGUGAGCAGGCAGUCCAAGCAAUGUCACAGGACAAAAUCCUAGGCAAAGUCAAAACCCUUCAGCAACAGUUGUCCAAGACUAUUAAAUUUGGACAACUACCACAAAUGACCAUUUCUGAGAGGACAAUGGAGGAGGCAAAUGCUAGUUUAGAAGAGGACUUAUUACUCAGUAGCCCAAUGGAGAUUGAGACUCAACAGGACACAGUGCUCUCGGACAGUGAUAACAAAUUAAGUGACACUCCGGAUUCAUUAAGCCCUAUGAGCGUGCCUGGGACAGGACAUGAAUCGGAGAAGAAGGUCACUCCAGUCAAAUCGUCUCGAUCAAAAAGACACAUUUCCUCUGCUGGCACAAUUGAAUCAAUCAAUCUUGAUGCGGUCCCCCAGGCAAUCGCUCGUCUGGACAACAGCGCGGCUAAGCACAAACUCUCCAUAAAGCCAAAAAAACAGAGGCUGUCAAGAAAACACAGAAGAUUAACAAAGGAGUCACAAAGCGUAACAGUGACAGAGUUUGAGCAAGAAAACCCAGAAACCCCCCAGUACAGAGAGAGAUACCCAGAUGACCAUGGGCGCAUUGCCCCAGCGAAGCCAACCCAGAACAGAGAGGGCCGAAAGCAUCUUGAGUUAGCAGAUGAGAAAAGAAAGCAAGAAGAUCACUGGAGAAUCCUCGAGGCUGAAGAGAAAAGACAAAUGGCAGAAGCAGAGGGAAAAAAACAUUUGGAAGAACAAAGAUGCCAGGAAAUUGAAGAGAUGCAAAGGCAACAGGAGAGAAAGCAUUGUGAGAAAGAGAAAAGGCAGCAUCUCCUUAAGGAGGAGAAACAUUUGAAAAUAAAAGAGCAGAGGCACCAGGAGGAGGAGAAAAGUCAAGAAGAAGAACGGAGACAACAGGAACUGGAGGAGCAGAAAAGACUGGACGAACGGAGACAACAGGAACUGGAGGAGCAGAAAAGACUGGACGAAAGGAGACAACAGGAACUGGAGGAGCAGAAAAGACUGGACGAAAGGAGACAACAGGAACUGGAGGAGCAGAAAAGACUGGACGAAAGGAGACAACAGGAACUGGAGGAGCAGAAAAGACUGGACGAACGGAGACAACAGGAACUGGAGGAGCAGAAAAGACUGGACGAACGGAGACAACAGGAACUGGAGGAGCAGAAAAGACUGGACGAACGGAGACAACAGGAACUGGAGGAGCAGAAAAGACUGGACCAACGGAGACAACAGGAACUGGAGGAGCAGAAAAGACUGGACGAACGGAGACAACAGGAACUGGAAGAAUGGAGACGAGUGGAACUGGAGGAGCAGAAAAUAAAAGAACUGGAAGAACAAAGGUGUCAUGAGAUUGGAAAACAGCAUCAGGAGGAAGAAAAAAAGAGACAAGAGGAACAAAAAAGACAAGAAUUGGAAGAACAGAGACAAGAAUUUGAGAAAAGGCAUCUUCAGGCUGAAGAGAAGUUGCAGCAGGAGGAAGAAGCUAAGAGACUGGAAGAACAAAGCCAGCAUCAGAAGGAAAAAAAGAAGAGACAAGGAGAACAAACUCUGCAAAAACUGGAGAAGCAAAAGACACAAGAAGAACAAAAAAGACAUGAGCCAGCAGAACAAACACCCCUGGAGAGUGAAGAGAGAGAACAACAGGGGAAAUUUAAAAUAAGGCAAGAGGAAUCAAAUGAACAAGAACUGAAAGAACAGGCAGAAAUACACGUGGAUGGACAACAGCAUUUGGAAAAGCAAAAAGAACAAGAGCAAGCCUUAAGACAGCAACAGGUCAAAGAAGAAGUGUGUUCUGGGGAUGCUGGUAGUGAAACCAUGGAGAAGCAGCUUCAAGAAGAAUCAAACCAACAAAAAACAAAAGAGUCACAGAAAGGGAAAGAAACAGUGCUAGAAAAGCUAACACCAAAACAGAAGAGAGAAGUCGAAGCUCAGGAGCAGAAGACAGGUGAAGAACUAAGGUGGCAGGAAGUAGAUGAAAGGCAGGCUAUGCACAGACCAUUCACAUUUCAAGUGUCAUCGGGAGAGAAACAGAUCAUAUUUCAAAAAGUGAAUUUGAGCCCCGUUACUCCUGUCAAAGAGGCAGCGCACCUUUCUGCCCUCAAAGAAUCCAAGACCCACAAAUUUAGCAAAGGUUCUCCUGCACUUCCCUACUCUUUGUGUGUCCCACACACAGCUAUUUUGGUUACUGGAGCACAGCUUUGUGGCACUGCCGUAAACCUGAAUCAGAUCAAAGAUACAGCUUGUAAAUCUUUACUUGGUUUGACAGAAGAAAAAAUAAACCUGGAUUUUCCCCCACCAGAAAACACCCAGAAAACUACUCUUGAUUCCAAAUCUAGCCGCAGUAAAAUGAAGUAUACACAGGAGACAUUGAACAAUCAGGACGUAUUAGCUGAAUGGGCUUCUAUUAGAUCUAGAAUCCUAAAGAGUGCAGAAAACAGCAAGCUAAAUGAAAAAGACCGAGUAAGUGUCUGUAGAUACAGUGAUGACUGGACUCCCAAAGGACGAGGUGCUUCCCAUGCCAAUUUAAGGAAAACACUUUCUGCGAAUGCAAAAUUUUCCAUAACACCAGCAUGGCAGAAAUUUUCAGAAACCUCAAAAGCCAAUGCAGAUGCUGAGAGUGCCUGUGGUACAGAAAGUACUGAACCAGAGAACACAAGAAAAAAGACAGAUUCAUCCACUGAUGCAAAUGAUGAUGUGGCUGCUCGCAAUGAGACUCCAGCUUGUAAAGAUAAUGUGACUGAAAUGGCAACAAAGAGUGAAACACACCUUGAAAUGGCAAACUACACAGAAGGCUAUAAGUUUGCCAAAGAUCUUCCAUCUUUCCUUGUUCCAAGCCUCUCUCAUUCUUCAGGAAAAGAACUGCCCCAAUCAGAAUCUCCAGCUACUUUGGAAAGUCAGCAGAACACUGGUACAAGAAACCUGGAUAAAACAGCACCACAUGAAGAAGAAAAUGUUUCUCCAUUUGGGAUAAAGUUAAGAAGGACAAAUUACUCCUUACGUUUUCACUAUGAUCAACAGGCAGAGCAAAAGAAAAAGAAAAGAUACAGUGCAGGAGAUAGUUUUGAUGGUGUACCUGCCCCACUAUUUACAACAGAAAGUGGAAAAGAAACCAUUAAUACCACUCUAAAAGACAAUAUAUCCCCUAGCCUAGAGAGAAGGGAUGCCACUGUUAAUGUUUUAAAAGACUCUUCAAAUAAUGUUUCGGAGAACUCAGACACAACAGUUACACUUCUAUUCCCAUCGACCAACAGCCAGAUUCCUUUACCUAGUCAUGAGAAACCUGUGUGUAAAUCGUCACUCCAACAAAAACCUGCAUUAGCUCCAAAGCCCACAAACCAGACCCCGCCAUCCUCUCCUCUCUCUAAAAGGAACAGAUCAAACUUAGCUGACACAUUAGGUCAAAAGACGGCUAAACCAGAGUUAGACACCACCUGGAAAAAAGAAGACAGUAAAGUGAAAUUGAUGCACUCACCAGCACAGAAUGAGAACAAAAAUGAAGAGGAAGAAACCAGAGAAAAGAAGUCAUUUUUCCCAUCUAUCACCAUGCCAUGGAGAGAGAAAGCUGAUAAAAAGCCUGAGCCACUGAAAAAAGAAAAGCCAGUUCUCCAGAGCAGGCAUUCUUUAGAUGGUUCCAAAUUGAUGGAAAAAGUUGAAUCUGCACAACCGCUGUGGAUUACAUUAGCACUACAAAAGCAAAAGGGAUUUCGUGAGCAGCAAGCUACCAGAGAGGAGAGGAGACAAGCCAGAGAGGCAAAGCAGGCUGAGAAGCUCGCUAAAGAUAAUGCUGCUGUAAGCAAUCCGUCAGAUGAUAAAGGCAGCAAUAGCAGCAAAGCAAGUGUACUACAAAAACCUACACUUCAGGAAGAUGAGAAGAAAAUUGAGAUGGCUAUGUCAAGACUAGAACGCAGAGAGCAGUUCAAAAAGUCCAAUACCCUUCCUACUUCUGUGACAGUGGAGAUUUCAGAUUCUGUUCCAUCAACUCCAUUAGCAAAAGAGGUUACCAAGAGAUUCUCUACUCCUGAUGCUAACCCUGUGUCAACAGAACCAGCCUGGCUGGCCCUAGCCAAGAGGAAAGCAAAAGCCUGGAGUGACUGUCCACAGAUCAUUAAGUAAACUAACCUUUUUGCUCUUUACUUUUGUUUCUUAGUUGUUUUCUCCUUUUUAUUGAUUCAGCUUUUUACACAGGACAAAAGAAACUGAACAAAAUUUAAAUGCAUUCCGUGAAGGAUUUAAAACUGAACUGAUCACCAUUUUGCUCUAGGUACUAUAGUGUGUGCUCACAUCAUAGAUCCCUUUGCUUUGAAAAACUAGGUAGAGAGUGGGCCCAGGCAUACAGUUCAGAUCCAAUUUCUCAAAAUUCAGCGCUACUCAAAUGUGAGAUUUUGGUUUUGCCCGGUAUAAAAAGAGGGGACAGAACUUCAGAUCAAAAGCUCUUUCAAAUUUUGUGAGCAUUUGAGUCUGAGGUUUUGGAUCUCUCUUCUCCAUGCAGACAAAGAAAAGGUUCUGGCCACUCUGAUAUAAAAAAUGAAUGUAAAAUGCCUGUUCCCUCCUCUUAGCCCCAGUGGUCGCUUUUGAACUUUGUUUGAUGCAGUUUAUUUGCAAUUUGAAAACCUCUCCCCAUCCAAGGCAUUUUGGGAGACUUCUUCCCACCUGUGAAUGAAGUGAUAGCAAGUGAUGGUAGCAUCCAAUUACUGAGGCACUAUUGUCUUUCAUGCUGGGGACUCAACACAAUUGCUGUACCUCCCUCCUCAAAAAAAGUAAAUAAUUUGCCUAUCAUUCUAGUUAACAUUCAUAUGGCAACCAAACAAAAAGUGAUGGAGCAGGGAUACAAAAAGUGUUUCCCCCGUUCACUCAGAGGCAAAGUCCAUCCAUGUGCUCAGAGCACUUGCAAUCUAAGACCCUAUUCCUACAAAUAACUGGGUCCAUGAGUUGCUUUACAUACCUAAUGAGUCUCCUUGAGUUUAAAGGGACUGUUGACAGGUGUAAAGUUAUUCAUGUGUAAAUGUUUGCAGGACUGUGGCCUAAAAAUCAGAAAACCAAGGCUCUGGGAUCCUCAUGACACGGUAGUAACUUAAACUUAUUUAAAAUUCAGUUUCCUGAACAGAGAAUAAAACGGGUUUGGAAUGCUAAUUCUUGCUAAGGUUGUUCCCUGAGUGACUUCAGACAACCCAGCUGUAAAAUUGAGUAAAAAAUUUACUUACAUGGGGAGUCGGAGGAAUCAGUUGUUGCAGCUGAAUUUUUUUUAAAUUAGUCUUUAAAAUGUAAUAAAAAAUGUUAGCAUCCUUAAAUUUUCUACCCAGGAAGUUAUGCUUUUUUUUUUUUUUAAAUGGCUUUUUACACAUAGUAACUACACCAACAAAAAGCAAGCGUCAUCUUCCUUAAAAAAAUUCCUGUGUUUUCAAUGAACUUUGCAUAUUGUUGCAAAUCCCCCUCUGUUUAAAAAUAUAUGUUUUCUUUUGAGCCAUAAGAGCAUUUUAAGAGGAGGCAAUUUCAAUGAGAGAGGAAAAAUUGCAUUACUACAGCAUAAUGUAUCUGAUAACUUCAUAUUAUUACUUUUCUUUAGCCACAUUGCUAUACAUCGCAUGAGGAGGGGAGCAAACUGUAAAUAGAGCAGAAAACAAUGAGCCUUGUACUAUCAUCCUUGUUCUAAGAACUGAAAAAAGCUAGUCAGCAAAAGUUGUUAUUGAAUAGACUGCAUCCUAUGUAGGAAACAAAGGUUCAGCAGCACACUUAAAAUAGCACAAACACAGACAUUAGAUUCAAUAGAGGUGCAGCUGGAAAUAGGUUUUCUCUUGUGGCUCUUGCGCAAUCAGUGUUCCACUCUUUCAUAUUUAAACUAGAACCUUUAAAAACUCUCUCCUUGCUUCUAACAUAUUAAGUAUUUAAAAUUUUUAUACACAGAGGAACAAGUGAGCUCUCUGGUACCUGCACACAACUCCUAUGGACUUCAAUGAGAGGUCUGUGGUUAUCUGAAGGGGGGGAUUGGGCCCAUAAUAUGUGUGUGUUUAAUUAGUCCCAUAAAGUAGCACUACUUAAUGUACAUUUAUAUCUCAUCUGGGUUUUGAAGUGUGCAAUAGAGUUGUUCUUGUAAUUAUAAGUCUAAACUGCUUGAAAUCAAACACCAGAAUUUUGGAUGCAGUUUUAGAAGGGGGGUGGGGGUACCAGGAAGGAGAUGCAGGGGGUUGGUGGGAGCAGGCCAACCACAAAGGUAGAGAAAAAACAGUAGUCAUGAUCAAGGAACGUUUAAUGAUUUAAGGUGCUAUUGUGCAUGACAAAAUGAACUGACCUACCAAAACAACAUUAGGCAUAUUUAUAGCACAGUUUGAAUUGAUUAAGGAUGGUUGUAACCUAAAGAUUCAAAGCAGAGUCUUUCCAAGUGUAGGGUAUCUAGUAUACUAAAAACUGCACUCAGUAUGUACAGUACUUGCUUGGAAACACUUCUAAAAAGUCUACAAGUUGAACACUGACACUUCAUGUAAAAUCAACACUGAAAUUUGCACUAAACACCUGUGAAGUGUUAUUUUGCUUUAACUUUGUUGCGUCUUCUGAACAAAUUGUCAGAAUUCUGUAAAAUAAAAAAAUUGUUACUACUGAAUUUAUUCAAAUCAGCAAAAAUGUUUUAAGAACUGAAUGAACCACUAUGUAGAAGGUCUCAAUUUUUUUGUAAUUUAUAAACACAAAAUACCAUUUCUUCUGAACAGGUUAUAUAUGAUUAACCUCUAUGUUCAUAUAGUAAUGUACAAAAUGUAUAAUUGUGAGGUUUUUGUUUUCUGUACUUUUUUAAUUUUUCAAAUGUUUUACAGUGCAAUUGUUUCUUAUACAAACGUCAUUUUAAUUCCUAUUAAAUUAUAAUCCAGUCAAAAUUAUCAGAUGAUGUAUGUAUUCACUGUCUCCUUCUGUUAAUGAUAUAGGUCAGGUUUAUUUAUAAAUAGAACUUUUAGUGCUACAGGUGUCUUGCUAUGUGUUUUUAUCAACAAUAAAACUGAGUAACAAGACCUAUGAAGAAAGGA